AUGCGAACAAAGUGGCGACCCUUCUACGCUACAGACUUUCAAUCCUUGAUGUAUCCUUGCUUUAUCUUCUGUCGCAUUCUUGGAAUAUUUCCAUACAGGAUUAACAAUUCGACUUUCGAAGUUUCAGAAUCAUGUUACAUUCUAUCAACCAUUGUUAUCUUCGUUUUCUGUGUUUACGAAAUAAUUAUUAUAUAUAAACUGGAUAUUUCUAGAACGAUCAAAGACAGAAGCGUAUCUAGCUCUUUUGAGUGUCACAGUUAUUAUGUGCUCGGUAGUUUCACAACGAUUGUCACGUAUGUCUUGAGACGUCCACGGCUGCUCUUGCUACAGACCGUAUUGGAGAUUUCUUCAGAAUUACCCUCAGAAUUAUAUGAAAAGUUAUCCAGACUAAUUCAUAUUAAGGAUAUCUGCGGUUUCUUUCUUCUUGUCAUCGUAUCGAUAGUAUAUUGCAUUUGCAUGCCGUUCAAUACAAUUUUCCUAACAAUGUUUGUAAUAUAUCUUACUUUGUUGAUGUUUCAAAUGGACAUGAUGUAUAUGAAUUGUGUUUGUGUAUUGAAGGUCUGUUUUAAGAAAAUUAACGAUAAUUUGAUGAAGGUUCAAGAACUAGUAAUGAGCGAUAAGCCAUAUCUACUCAGGCGGAUAUACCACGAGCAAAAGAAUUCACUUCUAUUGAUGAAACUUAAAGCCCUGAAGAAACAACAUUUGAUGAUCAGCGACUCAGUGCAGAUGCUUAACAUGAUUUUCGGUCUGCAGAUUAUCGUUACCAUAAUCAUAUCUUUCGUUGAAAUCACUUUCAAUCUGUACUUUUAUAUAGUUGUAUCUAUAGUCGAAGAAGAAGCAAACUUUUGGUACUGGUUUUUCAUCUUGGUCGUAAUAUAUUAUAUUACGAAGAUAAUAUUGAUAGUGUGGGCUUGCGAUAGUGGUACAGAUCAAGCUGCAAAAAUUGGCAUCGCCGUUCACGAUCUGCUUAACAAUACUAGCGAUAAGCAAGUAAAAAACGAGUUGGAACAAUUUUCUGUGCAAAUAUUGCAGCGAAAAAAUGCAUUCUCCGCGAAAGGUUUAACUGUGGAUGCAACGCUUCUCACUGCGAUGGCGGGAAGCAUCAUCACGUAUUUGUUAAUUUUAAUACAAUUCUUAAUCACAUCGCAUUCUUGUGAUGGAAAAACUAUCAGUAUUACAGAAGUAAUCUAA